AUGGGUAUCUUGAAUUGGGUCUUCUCAGUAGUUUCUGCAGCUACAACCCUUUUCGUUUCAUGCUCUUCUGCUCUCACUCUCGAUGGGUUUGCUCUUCUGGAGUUGAAAAGUGGAUGGAAUGAUACUAAGAACUCUCUAGAGAACUGGAGAGAUUCAGAUGAGUCUCCUUGUUCUUGGACUGGUGUCUCAUGUAACCCUCAAGACCAAAGAGUUGUUUCAGUAAACUUACCUUACAUGCAACUAAGAGGGAUCAUAUCUCCUAGCAUUGGGAAACUCAGUAGACUGCAGAGGCUAGCACUUCAUCAGAACAGCUUACAUGGGACUAUUCCUAAUGAAAUCACCAAUUGCACUGAGCUCAGAGCUGUUUACUUAAGGGCUAACUAUCUUCAAGGCGAGAUUCCACCAAACAUAGGCAACCUCACUUUCCUUACUAUCUUGGAUGUAUCAAGCAAUACACUGAAGGGUGCUAUUCCUUCCUCUAUUAGCCGUCUUACACGUCUACGCUCCUUGAACAUGUCAACCAACUUCUUCUCCGGGGAGAUACCUGAUAUAGGAGUUCUCAGAAGAUUUGGAGCUGAUUCAUUCACUGGUAACUUGGAUCUUUGCGGCCGCCAGAUUCACAAGCCAUGUAGAACAUCAAUGGGGUUUCCUGUUGUUCUUCCUCAUGCAGAAAGUGAUGAUGAAUCAGAUUCUCCAAAGAGGUCAUCACACUUGAUCAAAGGAAUCUUGAUAGGUGCAAUGUCUACAAUGGCUAUUGCAUUCAUUGUGAUCUUUGUGUUCCUAUGGGUUUGGAUGCUCUCAAAGAAGGAAAGAAAAGUAAAGAAGUACACAGAAGUCAAGAAACAGAAGGAACCUUGUGAGACAAGUAAGAAGCUGAUCACAUUCCAUGGAGAUCUUCCUUACUCCUCAACCGAGCUGAUUGAGAAGCUGGAGUCUCUUGAUGAAGAAGACAUUGUUGGUUCCGGAGGGUUUGGGACGGUUUAUAGAAUGGUAAUGAAUGAUCUUGGAACGUUUGCUGUCAAGAAGAUAGAUAGGAGUAGACAAGGAUCAGAUAGGGUUUUUGAGCGAGAGGUUGAGAUUUUGGGGAGUGUCAAGCACAUCAAUCUAGUGAACAUGCGUGGUUACUGCCGCUUACCAACUUCAAGACUUCUCAUCUAUGAUUAUCUCACUGUUGGAAGCUUAGACGAUCUUCUCCAUGAACGAUCUCAAGAAGAUGGUUUGUUGAAUUGGAACGCACGGUUGAGAGUUGCACUGGGUUCCGCGAGGGGUCUGGCUUAUUUGCACCAUGAUUGUAGCCCUAAGAUAGUUCACCGUGACAUAAAGUCAAGCAACAUUCUACUUAAUGAUAAGCUAGAGCCUAGAGUCUCUGACUUUGGUCUUGCAAAGCUUCUUGUUGACGAAGAGGCUCAUGUUACAACUGUAGUAGCUGGCACUUUUGGUUAUCUUGCUCCAGAGUAUUUGCAGAAUGGUAGAGCGACUGAGAAGUCUGAUGUCUACAGCUUUGGGGUUCUUCUGCUUGAGCUUGUUACAGGAAAAAGACCAACGGACACGACAUUUGUUAAUAGAGGGUUAAACGUUGUCGGAUGGAUGAACACUUUGCUGAAGGAGGAUAGGUUAGAAGAUGUGAUGGACAAGAGAUGUGUUGGCGUAGAUGAAGACUCUGUGGAGGUGUUGAUUGAGAUAGCUGCGAGGUGUACAGCUGCUAAUGCGGAAGACAGACCGGCUAUGAACCAGGUGGUUCAGUUGCUUGAGCAAGAAGUUAUGUCGCCAUCUUCUGCUACUGCAAUAGAUUACUAUGAUGAUUCUCAUUCUGAUUACUGUUAGGGUUUAAAGAUGGUGUAAGAUUACUGAGGUGCAUUGUGCUUGUGCACUGUUAAGGUUAUGUAACGAAAUGUUACAUUUGAAGCAGAAGAUGUUUAACCUAUUUAGUGGACUGCAUUUUUAUUGUAAGAAUUUAUAAAAAAAUUCUAAUAAACAUGAAUGUAAAUAUUUGAGC